UGGCUGGGCGGGCGAGGGGCGGUGCCAGGCUGCGGGUCCUCUUUCAAAUGACGCCGAGCGGCUGGCCUGGGUGCAGACUGCGGAGCUGGGAGGCUGGAGAGUGAUCAUGCCAGGACUCCUAGUUCGCAUGUUCUCUCUGCUGCUGGUGCCGCUGCUUCUGGCCUCUGCGGACGGCCUGUUCAAUGCCUCCCUUAAGACAUUCAAGAUUGACUAUAGCCGGGACCGUUUCCUCAAGGAUGGCCAGCCAUUUCGCUACAUCUCAGGAAGUAUUCACUACUCCCGCUUGCCCCGAUUCUACUGGAAGGAUCGGCUGCUGAAGAUGAAGAUGGCUGGGCUGAAUGCCAUCCAGACGUAUGUACCCUGGAACUUCCACGAGCCCCAGCCAGGGAAGUACCAGUUUUCUGAGGACCAUGAUGUGGAAUAUUUUAUUCAGCUGGCACAUGAACUGGGACUGCUAGUUAUCCUAAGGCCUGGGCCCUACAUCUGUGCGGAGUGGGACAUGGGAGGAUUACCUGCUUGGCUGUUAGAGAAAGAAUCUAUGAUUCUCCGCUCUUCUGACCCAGAUUACCUUGCAGCUGUGGACAAGUGGUUGGGGGUUCUUCUGCCCAAAAUGAAGCCUCUCCUUUAUCAGAACGGAGGGCCGAUUAUAUCAGUGCAGGUUGAAAAUGAAUACGGCAGCUACUUUACCUGUGAUCACGACUACAUGCGUUUCCUGCUGAAGCGCUUCCGCUACUACCUGGGCGAUGAUGUCGUGCUGUUCACUACUGAUGGGAUAUUUGAAAAAUACCUGAACUGUGGGGCCCUGCAGGGCCUCUAUGCCACAGUGGACUUUGGAACAGGUGUCAACAUCACAGCUGCUUUCAAACUCCAGAGGAAGUCUGAGCCCAAAGGACCCUUGAUCAAUUCUGAAUUCUAUACUGGCUGGUUAGACCACUGGGGUCAACCUCACUCGACAGUGAAGACUGAAGACGUGGCUUUCUCCCUUUUUGAUAUACUUGCCCGUGGGGCGAGUGUGAACUUGUACAUGUUUACAGGUGGGACCAAUUUCGCCUAUUGGAAUGGGGCCAACAUACCCUAUUCAGCACAGCCCACCAGCUAUGACUAUGAUGCCCCCUUGAGCGAGGCUGGGGACCUUACUGAGAAGUAUUUUGCUCUGCGAUCAGUUAUCCAGAAGUUUAAAGAAACACCAGAAGGUCCUAUCCCUCCAUCCACACCAAAGUUUGCGUAUGGAAAAGUCGCUUUGAAGAAGUUAAAGACGGUGGAGGCAGCUCUGGAUAUUCUGUGUCCCUCUGGGCCCAUAAAAAGCCUUUAUCCCUUGAAAUUUGUCCAGUUGAAACAGUAUUUUGGGUUUGUGCUAUACCGAACAACACUUCCUCGAGAUUGCAACACCCCAACACCUCUCUCUUCACCCUUCAAUGGAGUCCAUGAUCGGGCCUACGUCUCUGUGGAUGGGGUUCCCCAGGGAAUCCUUGCGCGAAGCACCGUGCUCUCUCUGAACAUAACAGGGAAGGCUGGAGCCACUCUGGACCUUCUGGUGGAGAACAUGGGACGUGUGAACUAUGGCAAAUAUAUCAAAGAUUUUAAGGGCUUGGUUUCUAACCUGACCCUUGGUUCCAGUAUCCUCAUGGGCUGGAUGAUGUUCCCGCUGAACACUGAGGAUGCAGUGCGCAGCCAACUGGGGCACUGGGGGGGCGAGGAUGUCAGGCAGCAUGGUAAAGCCCCCAGCUCAUCUAACUACACGCUCCCAGCCUUUUAUGUGGGGAACUUCUCCAUUUACAGUGGGAUCCCAGACUUGCCCCAGGACACCUUUAUCCAGUUUCCUGGAUGGAGCAAGGGUCAGGUGUGGAUUAAUGGCUUUAACCUUGGCCGCUAUUGGCCAACACAGGGCCCCCAGAUGACCUUGUUUGUGCCACAGCACAUCCUGACAACCUCGGCCCCUAACACCGUCAUAGUGCUGGAACUGGAGCAUGCUCCCUGUCAAGACAAUGACACAGAACCGUGUACUGUGGCUUUCGUGGACAAGCCGGUAAUCAGCGGAACUAUGGCCCACAGUCUUCCCCUUAAGCCUGUCUAAUGAAGACUCAUGGUUGGACCACGUGUUGACAAAAGCCUGUAG